AUGGCUUCGUCGUUCCAGUUGUGGCAUAAGUGGAUUGUCUGGCCACUUUUCCACCGAGCAGGCCAGAAGAGAUUCGAGUCUGUGCUGACUGGACUCUGUCGACGGCGCUGCCUUCAAGCGCACAACUCGUGCCAACCAGUUGUCCCAGACUGUGUCUGCGAAUGUUGUGUGAAAGCGGACAACCACGGGACCGACUUUUCCGACUCAUCAAGCCCGACUGCCAAGGCAGAAGAGCCAAAGUCAGCGCUUCUGCAAACGUUGGCCACUUUUGCGACAGCUUUGGGCCGUAGCAGGCCGGCACGAGACAACGGAAUGCUUAUGAAGCUGUUCCGACGCGAGGUCCGGAUUGAUAACUAUCACGGCUGA